AUGCCCACGACUAUAACUCCGGAUGUUCAGGCGCGAUAUCGUUGCUUCUGUGGUUUAUGUCAUGUGGUGACAGGAACUCAGCUAUGUCUUAUUUGGUAUGGAAUGUUCUCUAUAUUUUCCAUGAUGUUCGGAAUGAAAUCGACUCUGACAUGGGUUAUAGUGCCAAUCAUCGUUACUUCAUUGGCUAUAUAUGGUUUAAUCACAAGAAAACAUAAAUAUCUCUAUCCUUUUCUUAUUAUCACAGUUGUUCAACAGUUCGUCGGCAUUUUGAUGGCUGUCAUCAUUUCAACUUUUUCCUUCUUCAGCUUCGAUACGAUGAGACAGAUCAUAGGUCAUUCAUUAGACAUUGAAGGACCCCCUUCGAAAGAAACUGCCAUAUUUGUCAUAUGCGGGACUGUCAUAGCUUGUUUUCUAUUAACCAUCAUCCAUUUCUGGCAUUCACUCAUCAUUUAUAGAUGUCUAGACUACUAUGAGCAUGAAUAUCAUCGUUUAGAGGAUUGUAUGUCGAAGUCAGUUCCAACACACUGCCAGCUAACAGACAAUCUUGAGCAUGGAAUACAACAACAAAAAUAUUCAGCUUAA